AAACCUCAAAAAUUGAAAGACCCGCUAAGAUGAGAUGAGGUUACUCUGCUGCGAUACCUCAAUUCCAUUUCACUCUCAUUCCUCAAAGUUCCCAUUUUUAAUCCCCAAUUUCAAUCCUCGCAAAACCCUAGUGGGCCUUCUCUCCGGUGCUCUCUCCGUCACCCUAAUCGCCUCUUCUCCUUCUCCUUUUCUUGCUCUUGAAUCAUCUCCUCCGCUUCAAUCAUCUUCUCCUUCCGAGUAUUGCCGAGAACUUGACUUGGUCGAAGAUUUGGGCUCUGAACCGGAAGAGGCCUUCGUCACCAAUGAGGGCAUUGUCGAGGAAGCUUGGGAAAUCGUUAAUGACAGCUUUCUCGAUACCAGUCGCCAGCAUCGAUGGUCCCCUGAAACUUGGCAGAGGAAGAAGGAAGAUAUUAGGAGUUCUUCAAUCCAGUCAAGGUCAAAAGCUCAUGAUGUAAUUAAGCGUAUGUUGGCUAGCUUGGGUGAUCCUUACACACGAUUUCUAUCACCUGAUCAGUUCUCCAAAAUGGCAAGGUAUGACGUGAGUGGUAUUGGGGUGAACAUCAAGGAACUCCCGGAUGAAAAUGGUGGCACGAAAUUGAGGGUGCUAGGACUCGUAUUGGAUGGUCCUGCCCACUUAGCUGGCGUGAGACAGGGGGAUGAAGUAUUAGCUGUUAAUGGAAUGGAUGUGGCAGGAAAAUCAGCAUUUGAAGUGUUAUCUUCUAUACAAGGUCCUAAUGAGACAUCUGUAACCCUCAAGGUGAAGCAUGGGAAUUGUGGGCCUAUUCAAUCUGUAGCAAUUGAAAGACAAGUUGUUGCUCGGACUCCAGUGUUUUAUCGGAUUGAACAAAUGGAAAAUGGCAGCACAUCAGUUGGGUACAUGCGCUUAAAAGAGUUUAAUGCAUUGGCAAGAAAAGAUUUGGCCAUUGCCAUGAAACGACUUCAAAAGAUGGGUGCAUCGUAUUUCAUUUUGGAUCUUAGAGAUAAUCUUGGUGGACUUGUACAGGCUGGAAUAGAAAUUGCCAAGCUCUUUCUCAAUCAAGGCGAUACUGUAAUCUAUACUGUUGGAAAGGAUCCCCAGUACCAACAAACUGCUGUUGCUGACACGGAGCCGUUGACUGAAGCUCCUCUAAUUGUAUUAGUGAACAAGAAUACUGCCAGUGCUAGUGAAAUUGUUGCUUCCGCAUUGCAUGACAACUGCAGAGCUGUUCUUGUGGGUGAAAAGACAUUCGGCAAGGGUUUGAUUCAAUCAGUAUUUGAACUUCACGAUGGAUCUGGUGUAGUUGUCACUGUUGGGAAGUAUGUCACACCAAAUCAUAAAGACAUAAAUGGCAAUGGAAUAGAACCUGAUUAUCAUAACUUUCCAGGCUGGCAUGAUGUCGAACAGCGUCUUUCGCAGUGCAAAUAUGUUCAUGAACAUGUGUAGUUCAUACUUUGCAGGUUUGAUACUGAUCUGAUCAAAUAUCUACAAAUUGAUCAAUCUUCUAAAGGGUUCUUUGUGAAACCAAGUACUAAUACUGAAAUAAUCUCCGGCUUCAAUAAACUAAUUGCUGGAAAAAAUUGGAGAACAGCUUGUUUGAUUCUUUCUUUCCAGCUAUACUUUAAAUUACCUCAGACAUAGAACAGUUGAUAAAACUCAAACAUGGAUUUUGUAUGGGACAGCUUAUGGUGGGGGGUUAAGAAUGUAUUUCUGUAAAUUAGGGUAUUAUUAUUUGUAUAGAUUACAUUACCUAUUUCUAUGUUUUGGAGAUUGUAAUAUGUAUCCAUUUCAACAAGAAUGAGGAUCUUGUUUUUCUAACUAGAAUACAAAUUUACUACAUGUUCAUUUAAUUUGACUAA